AUGUGGUCGCCCGCCGACAGACCUUCUCCUACGACGACCCUCAACAAGACCAACACGUCGAAGAUGCCUUCCACCUCAGAUCAGCCUCCUCAUAAAUCAACUCCUAUCGGGGAGAACCCCAGAGCCAUCCUGGAAAUUGCUACACGAGUCUCCGUUCAGCUCAAGCACGAUUGGACCGAAGCCGAGGCCAUGUUCGCCUUCCUCGUCCAUCCUACCACAAAGCCCUUCCUUCUCCUCAAGUCAGGCACCACAGCCCUUGUCAACUUAAAUCAGAAGUCCGAAGGCCCAUUGGUUAACCCCCUCAUCACCAUACAGCCCGUUCAGCAUACCAAGACCGGCCUUACCUACGUGCUUCCCUGGGUCGAUGCCGGGGUUGACGUCCCGGCCCGGUCCCUCCGCAUUGGCGUUCGCAUUGUCAAGGCUUUUGGAUCCGGUGUUCCGGAGUUUGACAACAUGGCGCUCAAGACUAGCACCAAGACUAACACCAAGACCAACACCAAUACCUCUCAGUCCGAGAACGAGUCUUUCAAGGCUGGGGAUAUGGCCGUCUACAACCACUUUGCCAUUGACGUGCCCGACAUUAUCUUGAUCAAGAAGCUUGGCAUCAGCCCUGCUAAACAUCCAGGGGGAUAUUACGUAUAUGGCGCCGAGCAAGCUACUCCUCGCGACUCUUUCGAAUAUGGCUUGCAGAUGGACGGUCCUGUGACUGUCAAGAAAUAG